CUGUUUUUUGCAGAUAGUCGGUCGUUCUUUUGGAAAGAAAUCCAUGAGUCUGACAAAACAUCCUUCAGUAGGUGAGUUCCUUGCGGGAUGUGAAGAGCACGUCAAUCCGUAUCGCCCAGCCCGUUUGGCUCUUUGUCCCAUGGCAGCUGAUGCCGAGAUUUCCGACGUAUCCACUUCCGACACUGCGCGGGAGGGGGACUUUGUGAUUUUGUGGGGAAGCUACACCCAGAUCUUUGGCAUUGUCCUGAAGCACGGGGAGAUCGCUAACAAUCGCUUUGGGAACUUCCACCAUGACGAGAUCAUUGGGCGGCAUUUUGGAAGCAGAGUGAGAUCCCGAAGAGGUGGCUUGUGGUUGGCCCUGCUGCGUCCAUCUCCUGAGUUCAUCACCCAGAGCCUGACGCAUCGUACGCAGAUCGUGUACCACGCGGACAUCUCCCUGCUGCGGGCGCUGCUGGAUGCCCGGCCUGGGCAUAUCAUCUGCGAAGCUGGCACGGGCUCUGGCUCGGUCUCGGCCAGCCUCAGUCGUGCCUUGAGACCCAACGGCAAACUCUACACCUUUGAGUUUCAUGAGGAACGGCAGAAACAGGCCAUGGCAGAUUUUAGCACCUAUGGUGUAUUGGAUGUCGUCGUAUCCCAGCACCGUGAUGUUUGCAAUCAUGGCUUUGGCGAAGAGCUCAAGGGCCAGGUGCACGGUGUGUUUCUAGACCUCCCCGCGCCCUGGGCGGCUGUACCACACGUCACAAAGUGCCUGGUUUUUGGCGGCAAAGUGGUGGCCUUCUCCCCGUGCGUAGAACAGGUGGACAAGACCGCCACCGAACUGCGGCGCAGCGGUUACUUCGACGUGCGAAUGCUGGAGACGUUGGCGACCAAUUGGGGCGUCAAGCGCCAGGACGCCACGAAAAAGAAACGCCGCACGGAAGGCACAACGGGCACAACGGCGGCGCAAGAGGCAGAGGAGGAGGAGCCCAAAGAUGUUCCGAAAACAUCUGGAACUGGAGAGCAAUGGCUCAGCUAUCAGAUGCCAAUGCGUUCGCACACAGGGUAUCUGCUGGUGGCUACUCGAGCUCCUGAUGGUGAUUGAGAUGAGCGGAUCGCGGGCAAAAUGAGUUUCCAG